AGGACGGGUAACAAGGGUAGAGAGAGAAAGAGGAACAGAAAGUGAAGACUUGUCAAGAUGUCUGGGUGAGGGGGACCAGAACAGAGCAGAUGCCAAAACAGAAAACAGCAGAAGUCUGAGCAGCUGACUGGAUUAGACAUGAGAGGAGACCUGACCUGCCACUUCACAAGUGCCUGUGGGGACACGCCCAAAUUGAACCACCUCUUUGCAACUGGAUUAAACUAAACCGGAAGCCAAAGAGCAAGAGGACGAGAGACGGCUCGAGAAGACAAAGAGCAAGAGGACAAUAAGUGGAAUGUCGAGUGGCAUAAACACACUUGGCUCAAGUGCAGAUUUUGGCUUUUCCCUGGAGAUCAGAAUCUUCACAACUGAGAGAUUUCAAAGAAAGCCUUCUCAUAAACAAGUGAGCUUUUGGUCUUUUGGAUUUGUUUAAAAAAAUGCUCUGGUGCAUCCACAAAUUAAGCUUCCAGUGUAAACAGCACAAGCCUAUGCAUUUAGACAAGCCUCAUCAGAUAGUACUCAGGAUGACUAUCUAAAUGCAGAUCUCCAUAAAUAGAAGACAAGCACAUGAAAGUUCAGUGUCAAGUCACCAGAGAUAUUUGACCUGACAGCUGUUGGAUUGGUGGAAGUUUUGUUGAACACAGAGUAAAACUUCACAUCUUAGAACUUUAAAAGUGGAGUCACAUUACAUAAAAGAUCUUUUCAACUCAAAUUAAAAACUUAUCUUAAUUAUUUUGGUGUCUCCAGCAGCCUGCUACGCACAUUUACUGCCCCAUAAACUUCACAACUCUCUAAAGGAUUUAUUAAAACUUUAAAACUGCUACACCAACUCAAUUAGAAAGGAGUCACAGCUCCCUAUCCCAAAGCCAUGGAUGGGAAAACAGACAGCAUCCAGGAUUUUUUCAACCAAAUCUGGAGCUUUGCUACAGAGAAACACAACCAGGGGGUCUACAACACAGCCUGUCUGGUGGUCCUCCUAACUCUCCCCCUGCUGGUUCUCCUCACUACCCUGGUGGUGUGCUGCCACUGCUGCUGCUGUCGUCAUGCCAACAGCUGCUGUUGCUGCUGCUGCUGCUGCAGAGACGCCAUGGCAACCACAAGGUCGGAGACGAAGAAGAAAAAGAAUUCGGCCAAUACGGAAGACUUGUGGAUCUCUGUCAAGACGGGGCCGAUGACACCUGACAGGGUUGCCCUGGCUAUGGUGUAGGAAUGGAUUUUUUAUUUUGGGAUUGCUUAUACUGGGCCAGCUGUUGAAGUGGAGCUGAUGGAGUGCCUCAAAAGUGCAAAACUCAAACUAUCUUCGUCUCCAAGGAGGCUGAAGACAUUGCUUAAUCUAAUGAGGGGGACUUCACAUUGAAAUGGGCACAGAUUUGGUUGAAUAUUGUAAAGUGUACAGAUCUUUGUCAGUUUUUAUUCAUAUGAUGUCAUAUGUGGAGAUUUGAUUAUAUUGUUUACAGCUUUUGGUAUGCGCUUUUUGGUGUGUUGUACAUAAAGCAAGAAAUAUCCAAACAGGAGCAUAUAACAGGAGCAUACAUAUGUGUGUGUAUACUUGCAAAUGUGUGUCAAAUGUGUGUGUGAGUGGAUGAUAGAGUGUGUGAGUGUGUGAGACAGAGAGAAGUACACUGUUAUUGAGAGCACUUUGUUCUUAGAGCUCCCAUAUAAAAUUCAUUGCAUCUGUAUCUGGGAGAGAGAGCCAAUUUGAUGUCUACCCAGUGUUCAGAUGGCUGUAUUACUGCCCACUCACAUUCAGGCUGCAGUGUAGAGUGCUGAUUUACUCUCACUUUUACAGGAAAAUGCACUGACAUCUAAAAGGUUAAACUCAUAGGAUGCAGAACAAAACAACUAUAACUUCUUUCAUUUUGAUUUCCCGUUCUUGCUUUAUUUGAUACAAUUUAGCCCACAGGAGAGGCACUUAUCCCACUUUUUGGUUUUUGAGAGUGUUCUGGUAUUCAGGUCAAGUCAGCCUUAAAGGCACAAUUCAUAAUCAGAAGGUAAGGGAACCCCCCUAAAAAGCAAAAAAUACAACUAGAAUCUGUGGUCCUUCCUAAAUUGGUUGACAGAUUUUUCAAUGCACUGGUUAACCCUAGGAAACAGCUUUGUCUAUAUCAAAGUCAGUAGCUUUUUUCUGGGCCUGUAUUUAUUGACCUUUUAGACUUAAGUGAAGUAUAAAAGUAAAAAGUUCUUCAUAUGUACUUCUAUAAGAAAACUUAAAAAUACUUACAUUUAAUAGAGCUCUCUGAAGUUUAGCUUGCAUUUGAUUUAAUAGGAAUUAAUAAAAUGUUACACCUCUUUUCAUGUUUAUAUUUUUUGCACUUAUCAAGGGCAAACAACACAACUUAAGCUGACUUAAUUAUGUUUGCAGUCACUGUCCAUGCAUAUUCAUUGUGUGCACUUGUCAAUGGGAUAAUGAAUUAUCCAUACGAUUUCUCUGAUGUAUACCACAGCCACACAAUUUCUUUCCUGCUCCAGUUUCCAUUGGUUUCCAUGAAUGUAAAUAAAACUUUAAAAUCUAUGUCUUUAACAAAGAA